GCGCAGAAAUUGUGUACACGUUUGACAGAUACAACCAUACAUCAUACGAUCAUCUUCUUUGAAAUGGGUGGUAUAUGGAGUUACUUUUCUGGACUAUUUGGAUCAAGAGAGAGGAGGAUUCUGAUUUUGGGGUUGGAUGGUGCAGGAAAAACUACUAUUCUAUACAAAUUACAAGUGGGAGAAGUUGUCACUACAAUUCCAACUAUUGGAUUUAAUGUGGAGACAGUACAGUACAAGAACUUGAAAUUCCAGGUCUGGGAUCUGGGAGGACAAACAAGUAUUAGGCCAUAUUGGAGAUGUUAUUAUUCCAAUACAGAUGCUAUCAUAUAUGUAGUAGACAGCAUGGAUAGAGAAAGAAUGGGAAUAUCCAAACAAGAAUUAUUUUCAAUGUUAGAGGAAGAUGAGUUAAAGAAAGCUGUCUUAGUAAUAUUUGCUAACAAACAAGACAUUGAAGGAGCCAUGACACCCAGCGAGGUAGCUAGUGCAUUAGGCCUGACUUCAAUUACAACACAUAAAUACCAAAUCUUCAAAACAUCAGCCAUUAAAGGCACAGGACUAGACGAGGCUAUGGAAUGGCUUGCAAAUACUCUAACUCAGCAGAAAUAAAUUAAAAAAAAAAAUGAAGAAUUCCAAGGAUAGAAGAUGUCCUCCAAAAAUUGACUGAAGUGGAAAAAAAGUUUCACAUCUCUUGCAACAUGAACAACAAACCGUGCAACAUUAUCUCUGUGGGUUUUUAAUGCAGAUUGUAUAUUUCUGUGCUAUGUAUUGUUAUAUGACAAUAUUGUGGAAUGACAGUGAUUCAGUGACCAAGCAGCAUCAAGCCUAAAUGUUCAGUGGUAUCCUUUCCAUGUUGCUGCAAGAUGUGUGGGGGAUUUCUGGUUUGUAGUAAACAUUACACUGUGAAUUAUAUUUUAUGUUACAUUUUUCAUAUUUAUUUGUGUGGAUGUUGAAUGAAUGGAAAUUACCAUGAAUGGAAAUGCAUUAUUGUCAUAUUUUUUUCAAUAAACUUAAACCUAGCAUAUUUAAGAAUUAUGUACAUGGA